AUGACAAAUAAAUCAAGACAUGUUGUAGAGUCUGUUGAUGAUGAAAAAGCAUUGCAGAUUCAAGCAUUGCAGUCGGCAGUUUGGUAUACGACAGGACAUAUUACGGAUUCUGAAUCACUUGAAUUAGGUGUUAUUCCCUCUUCUCAUUUUAUAGCCUCUUUGUCUACACUUGUAUAUUCUCAAAUUAAUACAUUGGGUGAGGAUAUUGAGUCAUUUGCUAAGCAUCGUGGAGGAAAAGUAGUAAAUGUAGAUGAUGUUCUUCUUUGCACAAGGAGAAAUGAAGGCCUCCAUGAUUUAAUGGUUAAAUAUGCUAAACAACAUACAACGGCAUCUACUUCUGAGCCCAAGCUUAAAAGGAAACAAAAAGAAAACAUAAGGGAAGCGGUAAAGCAGAAUGUCAAAUCCCCGACCUCCCAUAUAUAA